AUGGACUACGAUUCCGACGUGAAAGUUACACGCUCCGUGCGUCGCUAUGAGGUGUACAGAGGCACCUCUCCCACCACUCAGAACAGAUUGGAGGCAAGAAUCAGAGAGCUCGAGGAUGUUCUUGAUUCCGAGAGGGACGGCAGGAUCAGGGCCGAGAAACUCGUUGCAGAAUAUACUUUCCAACUUGAUGCUCUCAACGAGCGACUCGAAGAGGCUGGUCUUACUUCGGUAACACAGAGCGAGCUCAGUCGUAAGAGGGAGUCUGAAGUAAAUAAACUUCGCAAAGACCUUGAACUUAUCACUGUUCAACAUGAGAGCUCUGAACAAAGUAUGAGGAAACGUCAUCAAGAGACCAUCAAUGAUUUAUCCGAGCAGGUUGAUUACAUCACAAAACAGAAGAACAGAGUUGAAAAAGAAAAAUCACAGCUUCUUGUGGAAAUUGACGGAUUGCAGACAAGUUUAGAUGCAGUUUCGAAAGCCAAGGCUGCCGCUGAAGGCAGAUUGGAAGGAUUGGACGCCCAAGUGGGUAGGCUGAAGAUCACUGUAGACGACUUGACGAAACAACUUGCAGAUGCCAACCAUGCAAAAGCUCGUCUCACCCAGGAGAAUUUCGACUACCAGCACCAGGUCCAGGAGCUGGAUAGCGCCAAUGCUGCUUUGGCAAAGGCUAAGAUGCAGUUGCAGACUCAAGCCGAAGACUUGAAACGUUCCUUGGACGAUGAAUCUAGACAACGCAUCAACUUGACUGCCCAAUUUUCGGCACUGCAGGCCGACUUCGAUAAUUUGAACGCCCGCUACGAGGAAGAAUCUGAAAGUAAUACUACACUGCGUAAUCAGCUUAGUAAAAUCAAUACUGAAUACAGCGCCCUGAAAAGUCGAUAUGAUAAGGAAAUCAUGGCCAAGACAGAAGAAUUAGAAGAUCUCAGACGCAGAAUGAAUGCCAGAGUUGCUGAACUUGAGGACCAACUUGAACAAGCACGAGUCCGUAUAAAUAAUCUGGAAAAGACUAAGAUCAAGCUUACCACUGAGAUUAAAGAACUCACAAUGGAAAUUGAAAAUAUUCAGAUUAUUGUCCAAGACCUUACUAAGAGAAAUCGUCAACUUGAGAACGAGAAUGCUUCUUUGCUCAAACGUGUUGAUGAGUUGACUUCAGAAAAUGCUAGCUUGUCAGCCGCCAACAAAGCCCUUGAACAAGACAACCAUCGCUUGAAGGUUGCUAAUGCCGAACUCGGCGAGAGAGUAGAUAACCUUACCAGGGAAAACAAACAACUCACAGACAACCUUCGUGAGACAACUACUGCCCUUAAGGAUGCUAACCGCCAAGUAGCUGAGUUGCAAGCUCUGCGCGCCCAACUCGAGGCCGAACGUGACUCUCUUGCCAGCGCUCUCCGUGAUACAGAAGAGAGCUUGCGUGAUGCUGAAAACAAGCUCCACGCUGCCACCACAGCUCUCAACCAACUGAGGGCUGAGAUGGAAAACAGACUCCGUGAAAAGGAUGAAGAAAUUGAAAGCAUCAGAAAGAGCAGUGCUCGUGCAAUUGAAGAACUCCAGCGCACUCUCGUUGAAGUCGAAACAAGAUACAAGUCUGAAAUCAACAGGCUUAAGAAGAAGUAUGAAACUGACAUCAGAGAACUUGAGAACGCCCUUGAUACUGCCAACCGACAGAAUGCUGAACAUGUCAAGGUUAUCAAGUCUUUGCACAUCAGAAUCAAGGAACUAGAAACCAGCCUUGAAGAGGAACGCCGCAUUUCUGAAGAUAUUCGCGGACAACUUUCUAUUUCUGAGAGGAAACGUAUUGCCAUCACAACUGAACUUGAGGACUGCCGUACACUUUUGGAAACUGCUGAACGUGCCCGCAAAAAUGCUGAAAACGAACUCCACGAAACGACAUCCCGCCUGAGCGAAUGCCAAAUCCUUCUUACUUCCGUCACUAACGAAAAGAAACGUCUGGAACUUGACAUCCAGGGAAUGCAGAGUGAUCUUGACGAUGCCAUUAACAAUAUGCGGGCUGCAAAUGACCGCUCUGACAGACUGGCUGUUGAGGUCAACCGACUUUCCGAUGAACUCAAGCAGGAAUCUGAAAACUACAAGAAUGCUGAAAGUUUGCGCAAGCAGCUGGAAAUUGAGAUCAGGGAAAUUACCAUCCGUUUGGAGGAAGCUGAAGCUUAUGCCCAAAGAGAAGGAAAACGAAUGGUCGCCAAAUUGCAGGCGCGGGUAAGAGAUUUGGAAGGUGAGCUUGAAAGUGAACAGCGCCGAACACGAGAGGCAAUCGCAUCUAGCCGUAGAUGUGAACGCAAUUUGAAGGAAAUCACUGCAGUUGUUGAAGACGAACGCCGCAUCAUGAGCGAACUUACUAGCGCCAACGAACAGAUGUUCCUUAAAAUGAAAACUUACAAACGACAGAUCGAGGAAGCUGAAGAAGUUGCUACAAUAACCAUGAACAAAUACCGUCUCGCUCCAUGUCUGUCACCCGAGAGAUCACCAAAGUGGUCAAACUCUAAACGUUGCACUGAUCACAAUAGAGCAGCCGAUGCCGUCCACAAAUACCCUACUCCUCACCUGCACGUCCUGAUAGGUCUUCUUCCAAAGUUUGUGUACAUGUCGAUAUUCAGGGCACUAUUUCACCUAAAUAUGCCGUCAGUUAUCAUGUACAAAGGGACAUCGUUAUUUUCUUCCUAA